AGUCCCGCUGCGUCUGCAAGGACUGGCGCGCCAUCAUCGACGCGAGGCGCCUCCUGCGCGCCGACCUGCUGCCGCUCUCCUUGGCAAGCAUCAUCAUCUCUUUCGACAUGCUCGAUCUCUCAGACUUCUUCGAUCGCCCCUCCUCCACGGGCCGGCCCGCGAUCAGCGCCAGGAUCCACGACUGCUUGCCGUCCACCGCCGAGAAAUCUCCUGUCCGGGAUCACUGCAACGGGCUCCUCUUACUCCACAACGGCUGGGUCGUUAACCCCGCGACACGGUGGGCGGUGCUCUUGCCCCCCUGCCCGGCCCGGUGCACUACGACGGAGGCAGAUUUCUACCACAGACAUGUAGACCAUGUAUUAGAGGAAUCAGAAUGGCCUCCAUCUUUGUACACCAUGCAUGUCUACUCGUCGAGGUCAGGUCACUGGGAGGAGCGGUCUUUUGUUCGAGAAGGAGACGCAGCAGGGACCGUCUCUGAUUCGCGCUUGCAUGGGAGGAAAUGCUACGCCGUAUGCUGGCAAGGGGCACUUUAUGUGGACUGCCUGAAUCAUUUUCUUAGGAUAUCCUUGUCAAACAGUAAAUACCAAGUAAUUAAACCACCGGUUGGACUUGGAUCAGGAUGGGCAGUCGAUCAAGAAAAAUAUCUAGGAAAAUCAGAGAAGGGAGUGUACUAUGCAUCACUAGGCGAUAAUAGUUUCCUCAGUAUUUGGAUCCUUACCGAAUCGUCCAAUCAGAUGGAGUGGGUAUUGAAGCUCAAUAACCUUGACACACGGAGUCUUAACUGUUACAGUCAAGAUCAUGGACCCUGGGUAUCGCAGGAUAUUAACUAUGAAUCUUAUUUUCCAAAUGAUGAGAAGAAAGCACAAGUCGAAGAGAAUUUCGAAUGGAGCUCUGACGAUGAUGAUGCUCUUAACAAUGAAAAUAGGGUGAAAAAAUACGACCCGGCAGGAAUUGGAAUACUCGGGUUUCAUCCUCGUAAGGAAAUUAUCUUCUUGAGUAAAUCCGUGCAGACGGGAUAUGCCUAUCAUUUGAAGAGCUCAAGGAUUCAAACCUUGGGCAACAUAUACCCAACGCGUUAUCAAGAUAUUUUAUUGCCACAUGAACACAACAUACGAGAGUCUUUUCCAUACACGCCCUGUUGGAUGAGAGGGUUCCCUGAAAAAAAAUUAGCUUAGACGGCCGCCUAGAAAAUUUAGCAUGCCUGAACCCUGUUUUUAUAAUUUAUAUAUACGUGAAAAUGAAUAGCUGCUAGACGAAUAUAUUUUCCAUUCUUUGUAUCUCAUUUUCUUGUAAUGAAGUUUGGAUGAUUCCCUGGUUUGGUCCCAAGAGAAUUUAAUAUAUUUGUCCAAUUAUC